AUGCUCAACCCGCACCACCAGCGGCCGCUGCCGAGCGGCGCCCGACCCAACGACGGCUCCCUCGUCUGCUAUGGCAUCGUCGUCGCCACCGCGUCGCUGCUCCUGCUUGUCAUCCUCGCCGCCACGGUCAGCAUCGUCAAGGCGUGCGCCCUCGCCGGCGCGGUCGCGGUGGUGUUCAUCGCCGCCGGCUGCGUCUCCCGGCGAUGCGCAGCGGACGGAACGGCUCCUGCCCGGCCCAUGACAGUGGCGAUGCCAGCCGCGCGCGCCCGCGCCGCGUGUGGCCUCGUGGACGCGGCGAUCGACGCGCUGCCGGCGUUCGCGUACGCUCGCCAUGCUGGCACGUGUGGCGCGGAGGGUAGUAGCAGCAAGUCCGGAAGAUGCGCACUCUGCUCGGUAUGCCUGGAGGACGUCGAGGCCGGCGAGAUGGUGCGGCAGCUGCCGGCGUGCGGCCACCUGUUCCAUGUGGGGUGCAUCGACAUGUGGCUGCACUCGCAUGCGACGUGCCCUCUGUGCCGGUGCGACGUCUCGCCGCAGCCAGUUGCUGUGAAGCUGACGGCAGCUGCAGAUCCACGGGAUGGUGCGCUGCCGCCGGUGUGA